AUCGCUCCGUGUGCGCGCCGUGUCCGACUACGACUCACCACUCGUCCGCUUAUCGCGUACCCGAACGGUUCCGACGAAAUAUUGUUAACCGUUUAAUUAUUAUAUUAUAUUAUUAUUGUUAUUUUAAUUUUUAGCUUAAACACUCUGUAAAAAAAAAAAAUUUAUAUACUUUCAUAUCGUUGUUAUAUUAUUAUUAUUAUUAUUAUUAUUAUUAUACAUUUUUACCGUAGUGUUUUUAAUUUAUAAAUUUUUAUUAUUACGUGCGUUUUUCUCUGUGCUUUUGAAUUUCGCCACAGUGCUGUUUUGUAUUUUUUACCUAUAUACAUAAUAUUAUAUUAUAAUAUAUUGUCUUUUAAAACUGUGCGCGCUUCACGACCCCGCUGUUUGGAUACAACAAUCUCUGCAGAUUCUUCGCACAUCAACCGGAUCUAUUAUAUCUGAACUUGAAAAUGUACUUGAAAGAAAAAUGGAAACGGAUCUCCGCGAGCAGACAAUGAACCACAACGGAAGUGGAGCAUCGCAUAAGAUAUCAAAGAAACGUGGGUCCACGACUCAUUAACUGUCAUCCUGGCUUUUGUGAAACCUACACUUCCCGGCCCGCCACUGGCCGCUGGUGUAGUGGUUGCUGGAAGGACAUCGGCCAUCUCAGGUUCAGGUAUGCCUUUCAUGGACGAUGUGUUACUCUGGUGUCCAGAGGCCGAGACCAAAAUUGAUGAUUUUACUGAAUGUCUUGGUAACGAAGUUUCCAGUCUCGGUGAACUCCUCCAAUCGGAGAUAUCCAGUGAAUUAGACAACGCUUUAGACGGAGGAGGAGCGAGUGUUCAGGAUGCCGGUGAACACUCUGGCGAUGAUGACAUUUUCAAGCAGCUGUCCGACUCGUCCGCGUUACUCGAACAGUUUUUCGAUUUUGUUAAUUGUGAUAUAAAGGAAGAAAAUAACAAUAAUGUUAUGUCAACGGGUAACAAAAACCAUGCUGCUGUUGCAUUACUUCAAGAACUGCAACGCACAAAUGCUGGCAAGAAAUUCAACAUUACCACUGCAAAUCCUUUGCUUGCAGAAAAACUUUUGAAUCCUGUGUCUCAGUUAAAUCCAAGUUUAAACCAAAAUUCAGAUAUGUUCAUCAAUCAAAACAAGUACAUCAAGAUAGAACCUUCGAUAAAUGAUACAGGUAAUGAAAAGGACGAGAACAUCGACUUCCUGGAUCACCUCCGGAUCGCCGGCAACGGCGGUGUAGGAAACCCGGGAGCGGCCGACCAUCUGCCUCCCAGGCAACAGUUGUCGUUCGCCCUGCCGCACGGAUUCCAUCAUGCUGGCUCUCUUCCGCCCAGCCCCGCGGACUCCGGUGUGUCCGACGUGGACAGCAGCAGCAGCGGGCACACGUCCACCGACACGGAGCUCAGGGCUCGGCUCCAACCACACCAGUAUCACCACCAAGUCUCUUCUUGCGGCCGCCGUACCAGUCCGGACCCGCCGAGUAAUGCACAAUGUCACCAACAGCAACAACAACAGCAGCAGCAACAACAACAACAACAACAACAACAGCAGCAGCAGCAACAGCAACAGCAACAACAGCAACAGGACUUGUUCUCCAGGAUAUACGGGGUUAACGCUCCACCACCCGGCGCUUACCAUCAUCCCGGUCCCGCUCCUCCGUCGCCCAAACAUCCUCUUUUCAUACGAAACAACCAUCCAUACGGAGGUGGCGUUGCUGGUUACCACCCAUCAGCCGUCGGCGGCUACGGUUCGGCGGUCAGCCCCACAUCCGGCGGCCACUUCGCCAUGCCACCGUGCCCGCCUGUGGCAGCGCUCCCGGGCGCCGGCACCGUGGUCGGUCGCGGGUCCGUCAUCCAGGCGGCCGCGGCCAAUUGUUACCAGCCCAACGGCGCCGGGGCGGCCAACCUCAACGACCUGUAUUACAUGGACUUUGGCGCGCCCACCGCGGCCGCGGCCAUGUACCACCAGAAGGCGGUCGGAAACAAGAGCGGCAGCAACAAGAAGCCCAAGAAGUACGGCGCCGUCGGGCGGCCGUCUGUGGCCGGUUCCCCGGGAGCCGUCCAACAGCAGACCUGUCCGGCCACGGGACCCAAGAGGAAAAGCCGAGAAGGUUCCACGACGUACCUUUGGGAAUUUUUGUUGAAACUGUUGCAAAACUCUGACUAUUGCCCGAGGUUCAUCAAAUGGUUGAACCGGGAAAAGGGCGUUUUCAAGUUGGUCGACUCCAAAGCGGUGUCCAAGCUCUGGGGAGAGCAUAAGAACAAACCAGACAUGAACUAUGAGACGAUGGGACGUGCUCUCAGGUAUUACUACCAGAGGGGAAUUCUGGCCAAAGUUGACGGCCAGAGGCUGGUGUACCAGUUUGUCGACGUUCCCAAAGACAUCGUCGAGAUCGAUUGUUCCGGCGCAUGAGGAUUGUGCGUAAACCCGAAAACGACCGAAGACCUCGUGAUUAUAAUAUAUAACUAUAUAUAUAUAUGAUAUUGUCAUCUUCAUCAUCACAGUUGUUUUAUUAUAAUUUAUUCUUACCACCUCGGGUGCAGAAUCGUCGUCGCCAGUCCGUCGUCAUAAUAUUAUUAUUAUUAUUUUUAUUAUUAAUGUAAUUAUCAUUACCGUACGUAGGUAAGAUUUGACCUGCGUAUGGUGUGUAUAACGUAUUGUAUAUAAAAAGAAUGUAUGUGCGUGCAUGUGUUAUUAUAUAUAUAUAUUAUAUUAGUAUAUAGAAUACUGCACUAUAUUCGAGUUCUAACUCGUCCGCCGUGUAAAUAUCGCGCAAAAAACUUGUGUUUCUUUUUUUUUCAUAUUAUUAUAUUUAUUUUUUUUCUCUCGUGAACGUAUGUACCGCCACCGUCGUCGCUGCUUCUGUUUGAACAAUAAUAUAUAAUAUUAUAACAAUGUUUGUAUAAUAGUAUAUUUUGAUGUACUUCCUGCUGGCUGUGUAGCUGAUAUGCUGCUGCAACCGUCGUCUGUGUGCAUGUGUAUGUGUGUGUGUGUGUGUAAAGACUGACAAUAAUUAACCGAAAAGAUAUUAUGAUAUAUACUAAAAAAAUAUAUUAUAUUUAAUAAUAUUUAAAAAAAUUAAAAAAAAAAAAACAAAAAUAUAUAUAUAUAUAUAUAAAUAUAAAACAUAAUGUUAUUAAAUUAUAUAUAUAUAUUAUAUAAAUUAAUUAUUGUUAGUUUGACCGAUCUCUAUGUUUUUAGUAUAUAUUAUAUAUAUUUAAAACAAAUCUCGAAACGUGUACAAAAUUUUAAUUAUUAUUAUUAUUAUUAUUAUUAUUAUUAUUUUAACUAGGAAAAUAAAUACGAUUCGGAACAAAUGAAAAACAAAAAAUAAAAGAUGAAAACGUUAUAAUUAUAUGCACACGGCGCAUAUACGUGUGUGUAUAGUUUUAUUUUUACCAUUUUAUCAUAAAUAUAAUUAUUACGAUUGUAAUUUUUUUUUAUAUAUAUAUUUUUGUUCCGAGGACGCGUUUUUUUCUCAACUUAAGUCAACGAAACCCCUUAUUACUGUACAUAACCAUAAUUUAUAAGAAUAGGUUUAAGGUCAUAAUAUAUUAUAUUGUUGGUGUAAGUUUUUAAUUAUUCUUGUGCAUAUAUAUAUAUAUAUAAUAUAUAUACACAAUAUAUUAUAUUAUGUAGGUACUAAUGUUAUGUGUAAUAAUAUUUCUGUGUAAAACUUUUCUCGAACUAUUUUUGUAUGCUUUUUUAAGUUAAAAUUAUUAUUUUUUUCCUUUUAUUUAUUUUGUUGUUUUUGUAUGUAAUUUUAAGGAUUUAAUGUGUUUGCGAACCAUUAACGUGGACAAAACCGUUGGCACCGGAUGUUUAUAUAUCGAAUAAUAUCUUACCUUCGCGUCGCCUACAACGAAACUAAACGAAUAACAAACAGACUUUUAAUAUAAUCCGUACUUAAACACAUUUAAUAAUAAUGCGAUAAUAUAUUAUGUAUAUUUUAUAUAUUUUUAUUUUAAUAACGCUCGCGAAACUACUCGUAAAAGCUCAAAAAAUAGACGACUAUAUUAUAUAAUAAAAAUUAUUACUACUAUACACGGUCUAAAUAUAGUGGUAAUCACAACGAAACUGUUUACCAUUAUAAUUGUUACGUCCUUUAAACAAAUUAAUGAAUAAUAAUAAUAGUAAUGACUUAAUAAAUAUUUCAAUGUUAUUUGUAUGAAAAUUUUUUUUAAAAAAAAUUGAAUUUAACCAACGUAAUAUAUAAUAUACAAUAUAAUGUCGACGCGAGGAAAACUUACAAUAUUCUCAAUUAAUUAUCACUCGUCUCGUCAAUUUUUCGUAAAACGCGUUUUUUAAAAACCUCAAACUAUACCAUAUACCAUUACCUAAUAAUAUUAUGCAGCACCGAUAUUAUACGAUAGCGAAUUAUUAUUAUUAUUAUUAGGUAUAUAUUUUGCGAAUAACAAUUAUAAUAUUGUUGUUAUAUUAUUAUUGUUAUUACUACUAUAAAUUACCGUCGUUGGUUUGCUCGUACCUAUUAUAUUUCCAAUGUUGCUCAAGUAAAUAUGAAAUCUAAAACGAAAACGAAAUUUUUUCUCUGUUUCUCUCUCUCUCUCUCUCUCUCUCUUUAACUUUUUCUUUCUGUUUUUAUUUCCUUCGUUGUUUAACGUAAUAAUAUAAUACACAUUAUUAUUAUACAUACUCGCCAUUCGUCGUUUACUGUCGUAUUGUUACGAUAUAUAUGUAAAUUUUUUUUUCGGUCGGCCGAUCGUAUUAUGUGCGCUGCACAGUUCAUUAUAAUAUGUUAUGCCCUGUCGACGCGCAUACGUUUAUCGUGGUGUUUUUUGGGGAGGGGGGCGGGGGUUGAUGAUGAGUCGUGGUUGGAGGGUGAGGUAUUUCUUGGAUGAUUGUAUUUGGAUUAUAUUGGGCAGCUUAAAAAAAACCAGACGAAACGAACAACUCAAUAGUGAUCGGAUAAGGACAAGGCGUUUAUUGUAUAAUACAUCGAUACGUGAUUAUUAUAUAAUAUGUUUUAAAUUAUUAUUAAUAUAAUCGAAUGGUGACGAAUUUGUAAGAGGGUUUUUUAUGUUAGUUUUUUUUGUUCUCUCCUUUUAUUUUCUUUAAAUUUUACGUUCCGUUAGAGACUGUGAACCGGCAUGUGAUUGAAUUAACGAGAAAUCGAAAGGAAUUUAUUAUAUACAUAGGUAUAUAUAGAUAUAUAGUUAAGAUGUGAUUUAUUGAAAAAAACUAAUCGAAUAAAUGUUUUUUUUUUUAAACAAAUUUUCUACGAAAUUGUUAUAAUAAUAAUAUAUACUGUGUACCUAGGGAAGAAUUGAUUAUUUAAAUAUUAUAAUAUAUUAUAUGUUGUAAAAUACACGAAAUAUGUUUUUU